AAAUGGUUUUAUUGGAAUUUGAUUAAACUUCUAAAUUAUUUUUCAAGUGUAUAAAAGCUUUUAAAUUAUAGAACUUUUUAAUUUAACUUUUUUUAGCUGAAGAUAAAUAUAGAGAUUGUGGAAAUUUAGAAAAAAGAUUAGAACCUUCUCAUAAAAAACCUCAAACAAUGAGGGAGUUACUUGCUUCAAUUCCUGGUUUAAGUUUAAAGCCAAGGAAGAGGUCAAAUAAAAAGUUAAGUGCAGCUGCUCAAAUUGCACAGACAAAGAAAGGAUGUAUAGACUUGGAAACACCAGAUUCUAUUUUGGUUAAUACCAAUUUAAGAGCACUUUUGAAUAAGCACACAUUUGCAAGUCUCCCGCCACUCUAUCAGUAUCGGCUAGUACAGCUUCUUCCACCAAUAGAUCAUGUCAUCGGUCCUGAGUAUUCUGUGAGGCUGAGUGCAUCUGCUCUUAGUAAUGAGUUCUUUGCUCGAUCUUGUCAAGAAUGGAGAGAGAGAUUAGCUGAAGGGGAAUUUACACCUGAAAAUCAACAGAAAUUAAAAGCUGAGGCAGAACGUGAGCAUAGCAAAUUAGAUCCUUGGAAGAUUAAGUAUUUUGAACCUGUAUGGGGCCAGAAACCCACAUCUGAUUUUCCUGAACAAGGAAAAACAUCUUCAUUUUUAAUGGGUGCAUCACCCUUGAAAUCUUCACUUACAACACCAUCUAAACAUGUGCCAACAAUUAAAAUUAAGCAAUUGGUGAAGAAGAACAGAUUGGUUCCGGCAAUUCUUAAACAUCGUUCCUCCGUAGCUGUUAGUUCAUCUACAAAUAACUAUCAGGUAUCAUCAAAUCUCAAUGCUGUAUCCCAUUCCAAAUUAGCAUGCAAUGUGUCUGACGGAACAAGUAACGAUUCUUCGUCACUUAAAAGGCCUCUGAAAAUAACUAUAGAUUCUUCAUCGUUGACUUGUAAUAAAAAAAUAAAACCCAGCACUGGAUUUACAACAAAUCCUGUUAUUACAACUGUUACAGCAAGUGUAACAGCAACAGAAACUACAGAGGGUACUCCUCAACCAAAUACAACUCAGUCUACCUCUGAUCAGGAACAAGAGCAAAAUGUUCAAGAAGCUGCAAAUUCCACUGUAAAACCAAAAAUAAUACCUCGAUCAGCAGCUCGAAGUCCCAGCCUAGUUCCCCCAAUAACCAUACGUUCAGUUCCUGUGGUUCGCCCACAAGUUGGUCGUCGUGGAUUGAAUAGAAAUUCUGAUGGAGUCAACUUGGAACGAUCAUAUCAGAUAUGUCAGGCAGUUCUUGAAUCGAGCAGAAAUCGGUCAAAUUUCAUAAGUAGUGGUCAUAUGCAAUUCAAAGCUCGUCCAGGCAUUGUGUCCACAGUCACCAAGACAAGUAUUUCUGAACAAUGCACUUCCACUGCAGCAUCCAUAAUGCCGCAGUCUUUAGGUAGAGUAGUAACGGUUGGUAACCGUUCUAUUUCUGGAACUAGCGGGCCGACACUUUUACAAACUGUUACAUCACAACAGGUAACACUGCAAUCAUCAUCAAGUCCUUUGCUUUUAACUACGUGUUCUCCUACCAAUGAUAAUUUUGCACUUGGUCUUGGAUCUACAACUUUACAAAUUAAAACAAUUGAGCCAGACAUCAUUGGCAUGGUAACAGAAACAUCAAUUACUGAAGAAGUUGAAACUACUUCAGUAGAAAGCAAUGAGGUUGUCUUGCCUCCUGCAGGACAAGAAGCAGUUAUUAUUAGCAAUGGAUCUAUGGUAUCUUUACCAUCAAAUUUAACAUUAACUUCUAAUGCUAUAUCAGAUCAACCAUCUAUUGUUGUUGUCACCGAUACUGAAAAUCAACCAACAAGUCCUAAUUCUGAUCAAGUUAUUCUUCUCACCAGUGAUGUUGCAUUCACCGUUGAUUCAAGUGGUGAAACCACAAAUCCUACAACUGUAGUCAUAACAGCAGAAGAUGGUACUAUAUUAGCUGAGAGUGAUUGUUCUACAGAUGAUAAAAAUCCUGUUUUAGUAGUCACUAGUGGUCUUGAUGCUUGCACAUCUCUGGAGGCAGAAUCCACCACUAUUGAACAGAUUUCUGUUGAUAGCAAUGAUAGGCGAGAGGAUGACUGUAGUGAUACUGUUACUACUACAGAAUUGGCUGUAGUUUCAGAUUGCUUCAAUGAUUUAAAUAAUCAAGAACCUUCACAAGAGAGUGAUGAACUUUACAUUGCUGAAGAUGAUGUACAAGAUGAAAUUACAGAAAUUCAGUCUUCGGAGAAAGAGAAUUCUAAUCAGUCUACAACCAUUUUAAUGGAAAGUGCCAAAGAAGAGGAGACAUCAAAUGAUUUACCAACAACAGAAGAUCAGUAUUGCAAGAAUAGUACCAGUGGCUGUGAUUCAGUAGAAAGCAUUCAAGAUGCAGAUCAAGAAACAAAUAUUGAAGCAAAGGAAGAAAAUUUUUGCCAAGAAAAAUUAGAAGAACAGCACUGUGAUACUCCUAUUUCUUUGUCAUCUGUUGAAUCAAGAUGGAGGCCAUCUAGUGCACCACCAAUUUUGAUAUCGAAAGAUUGCAGUCCAAAUGAAACUUACUUGCUUCCUAAUAUUAAAAAAUACAACAGUUGUCAAGAUAUAUGUAAUAAACGAAUAAAUUCACUAGUUCAGUUGAAUAAUUGUCUGUCACGGCCAUUGUCGCAGUCUUUUUUAGUGGUAGGUAAUACCUCUUGUGCUCGAUUUCCUGGCACAGGAGGUACUAAUUCAUUUGGAAAUCUUUCAUUCUCAGCUGGUCAAUUAAUGAAAAAUGGAAGAAAUGUUGUAACUUUGGCAGGAGAAAUGAGUCACUUAGAAAUGAGAGUUGCCACAGGUUUGAAUAAUGGAUUAGGAAUGGUUUUUGGUCAGAUGCCGUUGCAUCUCGGAGAUUGUGGAGUUUCAGCAAGCACAGGUCUUGUUGUUAACAGUCAGUUAUUAAUGAGUGGUUUUCCACUACAACAUUCUGGAAUUGCUGUAAAUGCUGCCGGAAUAUCCCAGACAUCAUAUCCCGUAGCACCUGGCAGUAUACUCAUGACACAAGAUCGAACUGGAUUUAACAAUCAUUUGCCUCUUAAUGAUGGACACUCUCCAGCAGUAACGAUGGUCACUCCAUUACCGAUUGUGUCAACAGCUUCUAUUUUCCCAUCUGUAAAUGGCACAACUACAGUCGUAACAGCACCAGUACAGUCGUCUAAUAUGCAUGGUACCACCGGACGAUCUCCGCACGCCUUAGUAAACGGGGUGAAUUCCGAAACAGCUUCCGAAGGCAAUCCUGGAGGAACCAUUCCACCUUCAGAUAUCAGUGGAAAUAAUAAUUGUGCAUGUAACCUCAAAGCCAUGGUUAUGUGUCGGAAAUGUGGAGCUUUCUGUCACGACGAUUGCAUUGGUCCAUCACGUCUGUGUGUAACCUGUCUCAUUAGGUAACUGCUCAAGCAAUAGAACAACUUUUCAUCUGUUUGUAUCCAACAUCAAAUUGAAUGUACAGAUUUUAUUCGGUAAUUCCUCAUAUUUUUCCUUCUAUUAUUUUUUAUUGUUAUUACUAUGAGUUUUUUACAUGGCAUAUCAGUUUUGUGUUGAAGUCAAUUACCCACUACAAAAAAUUUUUAAGCUAUGAUGAUUUUAAGAUUUUAUUGCAAUUCUAUGAUAUGUUAAUAAACACCUAACUUUUAAUGCCCUCAUUAAUUUUGCUUAAGUAUAUACCAUAUUUACUUGUGUAUAAGAUGAUCUCACAUAUAGGACGAGGUGUGACUUUAAAGAUCAAAAUAAAGAAAAUUAGAUUUAUUAAUACAAUUCUAAUUUUAUUUCAUUUAAUCACAAAUAAAAUAUCAAAUGCACACAUUGUCCUGCAAAAAUUACUGGCAUUUUAAACUUUAAGGAAAUAUCCUGUAAAGUCAACAACAUAAUUUGUUCAUGUAGAGCUGGACAAUCAGGAACCUUUUUUGCCAGUUCUUAAUGGUCGAAUCCACUCUCUGUUGAUUACAUGAUUUUCUCCGAAUUUUGAUUUCUGAAUAAUCAUCUGUUUCCACAUGGGAAUGGAUUAAAACUGAUAUCAGGCUCCCGUGUAAUUUUGGAAUUUCAAUUUAGAAUUCAAUUCAAAAGCUUUGCUUUUCCUAUU